UAAGCUCUCCCAUCACCGUAACCCCAGACUCGUUACAUUCGGGAGAGAGUGAUAGCAACAAGAAGCCGGCGAAGACUAAAAGAGGAAGACAGAGGGCGAAAUGAGACUCAGGAUACUUAACGGCGCUCUGCGGACCAUCGUAAACGCUCGAAGGUCAAAUGUCGUCAGAUGUUACAGUACAAGUGCUUCUAAAGGCUCCUCAAUCAGUGGAAUUAAAGACAUCAUUGCCGUCGCUUCAGGAAAAGGCGGCGUUGGGAAAUCUACAACUGCAGUUAAUUUGGCUGUGGCACUUGCUAAUACGAGCCAACUGAAGGUGGGUUUAUUGGACGCUGAUAUAUACGGGCCAUCAAUUCCUACCAUGAUGAAGCUACAUCUACAUGGGAAGCCAGAAGUGAGUGAAGACUUGAAGAUGAUUCCCUUUGAAAACUAUGGAGUGCGAUGCAUGUCCAUUGGAUUUCUAGUUGACAAGGAUGCUCCUAUCGUCUGGAGAGGUCCUAUGGUAAUGAGUGCUCUCGAGAAAUUGACUAGAGGAGUUGCUUGGGGAAACAUCGAUGUUCUGGUUGUAGAUAUGCCUCCUGGCACUGGAGAUGUGCAACUAUCUAUUUCUCAGAGACUACAGUUAUCUGGUGCUUUGAUCGUGUCAACUCCUCAAGAUAUUGCAUUAAUUGAUGCCCGGAGAGGGGCCAGUAUGUUUCGUAAAGUUGAAGUUCCUAUUUUAGGUCUUGUGGAAAAUAUGAGCUGCUUCCAGUGCCCACAUUGUGGUGAGAAGUCCUACAUUUUUGGACGCGGGGGAGCACGAAGGACAGCUGAAGAGAUGGAUAUGGAAUUCCUUGGCGAGAUACCAUUGGAACAAGAAAUCAGGACUGCUUCUGAUGAAGGCAGUCCAAUUGUCAUAUCUGCAGCGGAGUCAGCAGCAGCCAAAGCAUAUACCAAUGUGGCUGUAAAAGUUACCAAAAGAUUAGAAGAGCUGGCAAAGGAACGAAUGCUAGGCCCACAGAUCAUGGUGUAAUUGUUAAUAAUCAACAACUCCUGUAUUUAGAGCUUGCUUUCAAUAAUGCAUUGCUGCAGAGACUAUUGCACUGAGCUCUGGAUCGGUUUGAUCGUGACAGAAGCCAUGCCUUUCAUAAAGCCUUCUGCUUCUCUCUGACUCCUGGUAUUUUUCUUGUGUUUUACCAGAUGACUGAAGAGUGGGGUUUUGUGAGACUUGUGUACGCUUGAUAUACUGAAUUCUACUCUUAAGUGUAAAUAUGUAUCCUACAAGCAAUCGAGCAUGUAUCUAUAUCAAACUCUGUAAAGUUGCUUGUUUAAGCGGAAGGAGCUGUCUUCUACCGAUGCUGA